AUCCAAGAAUAAAGUCCCAAAGGCCAAAUCCCAAUAUCACCACUCAGUGGCGUGUCAUCCACAGAAAAUACCACAGAAUCAAGAUUGCAUAGAUACCGGGUGAUUAAAUCAGACCGUCACGCGAUUGUACACAGAAACAAGAUUUUAUACAACGAGGGACAAGCACUCCUAAUCAGAAAAAAAACCGGGAUUUUUCCAAAACUAAUGUUUUAUUUAUGCCAUGUACUGCACUGAUUUUGAGGUUAACUUUAUGAUUUUAAAAAAUACGGAAAAGUUUGAUUUUGGUAACAGAAAUGAUUUAUGAAAUAGCCUCUCUGUUAACUGUUGCUGCACUGUGGGGAUGUACUAAUCCAUUAAUAAAACGUGGAUCUAAGGAUAUCGUUAAAGUGAAAGCCGACAAUUGCAUUGCACAAUUUUUCUUAGAAUUAAAAUAUCUGUUUACUAAUUACAAGUAUUUACUACCAAUGGGCUUAAACCAACUUGGUUCAGUGUUAUACUUUGUAUUGUUACAAAGCCUAGAUUUAUCGCUAAUGGUACCAGUUGCAAAUUCGCUGACAUUUGUGUUUACUGCCAUUACUGGAAAAUAUUUAGGCGAACAGUCGGCAGGACAAAAGACAUACCUGGAAUUCGUUCGCGAAUGUUCGUGUCACGCAACCCUCGUAUAAAUUGAGCACGUAGAAAAAUAUCAGAGAAUGACUUACCACAGUCACAUUUGAAACUGCAAGUAGAAGCUAGACGUCUUAAUUCCGCUAUAAAAUCUGCGACUGAUUCUGUGGCUCCUUGAAAACGACACAUGGACCUAUGGUGUUGGACCACUACAUUUGGCUUAGGACACAAAUGGCUUGAAAGUAAUUCCACAACUUUGUCAUAUCCCAAUACCGUAACAUCUUCGGGUGCAGCCAAUGACUUAACCAAUUCAUAAUAUCGCGGUCCUAUGCAAUUUAAUAACACUUUUGCACAAACGUGUUUAUCACCAAAAAUGUUUUUCAACUGUAGAAAAUUUUCUAACCUUUGCUUGUAGUUUUCGAAACUUUCCUUCUCUGCAUCGAAACUGUCAAUGUUACCCACAACAUUAACAUUAUGAACUGGCGGUUGAAUAGUUUGACUUGACUGUAAACAUUGGGCAAGCAUUGCCAUCAUUUGUUGAAAUUGAUUAGGAUCCAUAAUUGAAAGAAAAUUUGACGUUUACGUAGGUACGUGCGUUGAGUAUUGGAACUUUUAUUUCGAAAACACGGCACUUUUUAACAUAGUCAAUAAACUUUUAAUCCUCGUCGCCACUUUUAUAAUUUCUGGAUGGUAGAACACAAGAACAUAACAAUAGAUUUCUUUAUUAAAACUGAACUUAUGAACGAACAAAUUAUAUAAUGUUAUUAUGAAUGACGUGCGAUGCUUACCUAACUGUCUUUUUACAUUUUCUUUUCAUUCUUAGAGUGCAUACUUUAUUAAGAUACAACAAUUCUCGUGCGCUUAAUUUGAAACUAAUAUAGAUAACAUUUAACAACAAUAUAUAAAUUUAGAAUAGAAUAUUUAACUAUUAAAUUAUCGAACAUAAUCUGGUAACCUGAGUGGCUUCCUACGAUUUCUCUGACUACGUCUGAGCUGUUCAUCUUGAGCUGGAGCUGGAAUCAUCAUUUGAUUAUUAUUUGCAAAAUUUAAAAUGUCUCUUCUUGUUUCUGGAGUCUUCAUUUCACGUACAGGAUUUUUAAAUGAUACAGACUUCUUAAUGUUAUCUCCGCAGCUAUUAAUUUCAGACUUGAUUAAUUGAUUUAUGUGGCGUUUGAUCAUGUAACCAUCAUCUAACUUUACAAUGUAGUGCAAAUUACCAAGUUUCCUGAUUAUUAUUCCAUAUUUCCAACUCUUAGGGCCGAUUCUACAAUGCAGGUAUAUACCGAGAAUAUGCUAUACCUAGAAUAAAUGUCGACGGUUGCGUUGGUUACAAUUCUGUCAACCAAUGAGAUACAUGUUGCUAUGGCAGUUUUUCCAAGGAUAUCUUAUUCUGCGUAAAAGUGUAAUUGUAAAACCGGCCCUUAGUCGGAUAGUGUCUUGAUUGUACACGAUCUCCCACUUUUAAUAUACGAUGUCGUAUUGUAGAUAUAUCAUUUGGCUUUUGAACUGGAUUUGGCCGCAUUGCAUCUAACUUCGUUCGAAAUGGUCGAUUUAAAUAAAUUUCAGCUGGACUUUUUCCAGAUUUUAGCGGCGUAGCUCGGAAUCGAAACAAUAUUUCACGAAUUCUUUCGGCUAGACCAUUCGUUGACGGGUUUCCUGGAGCGAUGAAAUUUUGUGAAAUUCCACUCAUUUUGCAGAAUUCCUCGAAUUCAGUACUUUUAAAAAUUGUUGCGUUGUCGGAUACUAAUACCUACUUGAGGAAAUCCACUUGAAGCAAAAAUAUCUUGUAGCAGGUUAAUUGUGGCAGUUGAUGUUCGACUCACAGAAUACGGCCUUCUCAGAAUAGAAACAGCAAUGUUACAAAUUUGUAUCAUAGAUAUAUAAAUACCUAGAUACAGCCA